CCGCCUUUAAAUUGUCCACUAUAGUCUUUUUUACGAAAGAGGAGCCGCAGGGUGACAGCGAGGGUCCUCUUCUCCACAACAUAUGGACUCUUUUAUGUUUCUGUAUUUUAUUUGAUCAUUCUGUUUACUUGCAACAUUUAGAAAUAUGGCUUCCUUUUUGUCGCUCGUCCCUGCUUUCACGUUAUCGGUUGUCAUAUUUUCUGGCGCGGUAGUCGCACGGGGUGAUGUGCUCGAGCUAGGGGACGCGGAUUUCGAUUACCUUGCAGCGGAGCACGACACGAUGUUAGUGAAAUUCUACGCUCCAUGGUGAGAGAACAAAGUGAAACAUUCCCUUAUGUCUAUAGCCAUUGUAAUUUCUAGACAUGCAAUGUAAUUUAAGGCAAAUAUGUAUGUACAGUAUCUAUUCUAGGCGACUGUCCAAGACAUGUUCCGUUAGCCAGCUAGCUAUAUUCUCUGUAUCAGCUGUCAAGCUCAAGGCAAGUAGCUACUGUAUCAAGAUAAGCUAGCUAGCAGCAUGAUGGCCGUUAUGUGCAAACAGUAUUUUAGUUAUUUAUAUAAUUUUUUCAAAAUUGGCUAUAUGAUGUCUUUAUAACCCCAAUUUGCUUAUGAGUUUUACAGGUAUAAUACAUUUAUACCCACGCAUAACUAUGGUAUCAAUUGCAUUGCCUGUCACCUCAUAUUCAGUUCCUUGCAUUAUAUCUCCAGUAAUCUAUUUUAUCAUUAUUUGCUUCGCAGGUGUGGACAUUGUAAGAAACUAGCCCCAGAUUUUGAGACCGCAGCCACUCGACUGAAAGGGACAGUGCCACUUGCUAAGGUAUGAUAUAGCUACCACACCACUCUGUCAGAAUAGCUGCCAAUUGAUUUUGUUUACCUAUUUAAUUUCCAUGUUAUUUGAAUGCAUAACAAAAUAACCAGGUGUUCAAACUCUUGCCUUCAUGCAGAGUUACACAGUGUUAAUUGGGAGUUGCGUGCAUUACGUGUCACAUUCUCACUGCACCUGCAUAGGCUUGUUUCUCUGAGGUUAGUUAGGUGUGCUCUGGGAGGGAAAGGGCACAUUGCAGCAUGCUGCCAAUUUGUGGUACAGUAGCUAUUUAUAUAACCCUGGGAUAUUAUGUGAAAGGGCUAAUGUACUUUAUAUAGACUCCUUCCAAGUACACUACACAGUGAUGUCGACGCGACUCUUGACUGCAGGAAGAAAGGCAUCGACAUCUGCGCCCAUUCUACAUAGCCUGGAUUUCAUUCAACAUACGCUUACAAUUAUGUUUUGAUUCUUGCUUGAAAAGUUGCUAAGAUUAUAUUUGGUUGUGAUCUUUGCAAAAUAACUAUUUUGGAUGCAGCAGUUGUUAGCAUGAAUGCUAAUGCUCAUUGACAUAGGCUGUAGCAAAAGCUAGCCAACGAGCCAUUUUUCUGGUUGAAGUUGAAGUGUUUUUUAAGUAUAAUGCAGUUGAUUUGCGAUGAUGACACAAACAUUAUAUUAAGCAGGACAUUCAUACAAGCCUUAAAAUCCAAUUAUAAUCCAAUAGCGGUGUGAAAUGCACUCAUAAGCAACAUAUACAUUUCUUAUUUUCUAUAAGAACUCCCAAGUGUUCUGCCACCAACUUGCACACAUCGCCCUCCUGCAGCAAUUUCUGCAAACACAGAAAGGGGUCUAUUGCCUCUGGCAUUCUCUUUCUCCACAAAUUUUCCACUCCUUUUGCUUUCUAUAAUUGUUUUACUGUGACUAUAUAUCCCUUUCUUUCUCUCUCCUUUCACACUUCCUCUCUCUCUACCUCCCUAUCCUCUGUAUCUCUUCAAUCCAUCUCACUCUCUCACCCCUCAGGUGGACUGCACAGCGAGCCCAGACACAUGCGGGCGUUUCGGGGUCACAGGGUACCCCACGCUCAAGAUCUUCAGAAACGGAGAAGACUCCUCGUCCUAUGACGGACCACGCUCAGCAGGUGUGUGUGUGUGAUUGAAUGUUGUUAAUUAAAGUACACUAAUCAUGUAGGCCUACUAAUGCAUUUGUCUGCAUACACACAGAUGGCAUUGUCCACUACAUGAAGAAGCAGGCUGGACCCAACUCGGUUACCCUGCGCAGAGAGGCAGACCUCGAGGCCUUUGUCAACAACUUUGACGCCAGUGUAGUGGGUAAGUAGUACUCUAGAAGAGUAUAGAUACCUGUUUGUUCUUAACUGAAUCUUUGGCCCCCUGAUUCUGUACUUUUCACAUUGGCCAUAAUUUAAUUUAUGUCCACUGCUCUGAAAAACCUUGUGAGAGGUGAAUGCAACAUGGUGGAAGCCAACACAAUAGCAGUGUUGGAAAGGGCUAAUGUACUUUCUCUCCAUACUUCUCUCUCCCCUCUCAGGUUUCUUCUCUGGGCCUGACAGUGCUCAGCUGGCAGAGUUUCUGAAGGCGGCCGGUGUCAUGAGGGAGCACUUCCGCUUCGCCCACACCAUCGACAUGGCCCUGGGCCUCAAACACGGGGUGGACACUGAGUGAGUGAGAGAGAGAAAAAGGGAGGGAGGAAGUGAUAGAGAGAUGGGGAGGGAGAGAAUGGGAAGAAGGGAGCGUGAUAGAGAGUGAGAUCAAGAUAACCCUGUUGAGUUCAAUCAGGUGUCUUAGUGCUGGGCUAGAGCAAAAUUGUGUACACCCAGAAAUGGAUUGAGAAACACUGCUAUAGUGUGACUGUACAUGGUGUGACCAACAGACUGAUCAACUACUGUCUUAUCUCUCUCCCCUGCAUCUCUCCAGGAGUGUUCUGCUGUUCAGGCCCCCAAGGCUGAGCAGUAAGUUUGAGGAGAGCGUGCUGCGCUUCACUGAGACAGUCACCACCCACACACUGCGCCGCUUCAUCAGAGACAACAUGUAAGACUCCUACUCCCAUCUGUCUACUCUAAAUCUACCUGAAUGUCUGUGUUACUUUAGUCUCUCUCUCUAUCAUAUCAUAUCAGUCUCUCUUUUUCAUAUCCCUAUCUCUCUUUCCCUCUCUAUCGCUACUUGAGUGUCUAACAUUAUUGGUCUUCCUGUUUCCUUUGGUCAGUUUCGGAAUGUGCCCCCAUCUGACCAAUGAGAACAGAGAUAAGUUGAAGGGGCAGGACUUGUUGACUGCGUACUAUGAUUUGGACUACCUGCGGAAUCCCAAAGGCUCCAACUAUUGGAGGAACAGGUUGGUACACCUCCAAUACCACAACACUUUAAACCACACUCGUAUUAGAUUACCCACAAUUAAUAGGAACUUUCUCUUUUAUUUCAGUUCUGUUUUUCAUUUGAUACUGAAUUCAUAGUAGGUAUGUUAUUAUUGUAUUGGUUACAAUUAUGUUGCACUUGUUUUUUUAAUGAGAUGAUAUUGAAAUACUAUUAUUAUCUUACAUGGUCAUUGGGCAACGUAAAGUGUGACCAAGUAGUAAUGUAGAUAUGUAUAUUCUCGUAUUAUUUAUUUUGAUUUAGAUCUUAGCCUACAUACAGUACAUAUAAUACCUGAACUCCAAAUAUUGUAUACAAGGUGGUAUAUAAGUCUCUUAUCAUUAUUAUUAAAUUUAGUUCAUUCGCUUUUCUCAGGGUGAUGAAGGUGGGUUAUCAGUUUGCAUCCCAGGGCCUGAGUUUUGCCGUGGCUAAUCGCGGGGACUUUGUGGACGAGCUGGAGGAGGAGUUUGGUCUGGGUGCGUCAGACGGAGGAGAUCUGCCCUUCGUAACCAUCAGAACACGACAGGGCUUCAAGUACACCAUGAGGGAGGAGUUCACGUGAGUUACAGACAUAGAACCUCAACUAAGUCUAAAAUCUGAGCUCUACCACAUACAACUCUACUAAUGAUGUUUGUUGUUGAACCUAUUUAACAGGCGAGAUGGGAAGUCCCUGGAAAGAUUCCUUGAGGAUUACUUUGCUGGACGACUAAAACGUUACAUCAAGUCGGAGCCCAUACCUGAGAAAAACAAGGGUCCCGUCAAGGUAUGUUUGUUGUUUGUCUAUGUGUACGGGUGUGUGUGUGUAUUUCUGUGUUAUUAUUCAAUACUCAAUCACAGUACAUUUGUGUUUCUGAUUUUGUUGUCAUGACAAUUAACAGUUAUUUUCUCUGUUUGUGUGUGCACCCACUCACAGGUAGUGGUGGCGGAGUCAUUUGAAGAGAUUGUGAAUGACCCUGAGAAGGAUGUGCUGAUUGAGUUCUAUGCCCCCUGGUGUGGUCACUGUAAGAGCCUGGAGCCCAAGUACAAGGAGUUGGCAGAACAGGUGAGAAAGACUACACACUCAUACACAGACUCACCAAUUGCCACGGUUUACUAUUAUGGCUUUCCUCAGAACAAUUGUAUGCCAUUGAAAAUUGUAAUUUGUCAAUAAACUAAGGAAAAGAGCUAAAGCCAAGUAAAGCCCUUUGUUCUCAUUGGUUAUUUCUCCUGUUUUCCUCUCUCCUCAGCUCUACUCUGACCCUAAUAUUGUCAUUGCCAAGAUGGAUGCCACAGCCAAUGAUGUUCCACAAGGCUUUGAUGUGCAAGGGUGAGACAUCACACUUUAUCACCUGGUUAUCCUAUCCCUUCUAUCAGCACUCACUUAUCUUUCCAUUCAUUUUCUCCCUGUCUCUGGUCAUUUAUUCAUUGUGUUUCUCUCGCUCUCUCUUUUAUUGUUCUGUAGGUUUCCCACCAUCUACUUUGCUCGGGCAGACAAGAAGGACCAGCCCAAACGAUAUGAGGUGAAGUCUCCCUACACUGUUAUUACCAUUUUACACAAGCAGACACAAACUAGUCAUAUACCAGUGUUUCCCCUAUAUUCAUUUAGCAGCAGCGUCCCGCCACUCAAAAAAAAUAUUAUUACAAAUAUAUACAGUUUACAUACACCUUAGCCAAAUACAUUUAAACUCAGUUUUUCACAAUUCCUGACAUUUAAUCCUAGUAAAAAUGUCCUGUCUUAGGUCAGUUAGGAUCACCACUUUAUUUUAAGAAUGUGAAAUGUCAGAAUAAUAGUAGAAAUAAUGAUUUAUUUCAGUUUUUAUUUACAGUGGGGGAAAAAAGUAUUUAGUCAGCCACCAAUUGUGCAAGUUCUCCCACUUAAAAAGAGGAGAGAGGCCUGUAAUUUUCAUCAUAGGUACACGUCAACUAUGACAGACAAAAUGAGAAUUUUUUUCUCCAGAAAAUCACAUUGUAGGAUUUUUUAUGAAUUUAUUUGCAAAUUAUGGUGGAAAAUAAAUAUUUGGUCACCUACAAACAAGCAAGAUUUCUGGCUCUCACAGACCUGUAACUUCUUCUUUAAGAGGCUCCUCUGUACUCCACUCGUUACCUGUAUUAAUGGCACCUGUUUGAACUUGUUAUCAGUAUAAAAGACACCUGUCCACAACCUCAAACAGUCACACUCCAAACUCCACUAUGGCCAAGACCAAAGAGCUGUCAAAGGACACCAGAAACAAAAUUAUAGACCUGCACCAGGCUGGGAAGACUGAAUCUGCAAUAGGUAAGCAGCUUGGUUUGAAGAAAUCAACUGUGGGAGCAAUUAUUAGGAAAUGGAAGACAUACAAGACCACUGAUAAUCGCCCUCGAUCUGGGGCUCCACGCAAGAUCUCACCCCGUGGGGUCAAAAUGAUCACAAGAACGGUGAGCAAAAAUCCCAGAACCACACGGGGGGACCUAGUGAAUGACCUGCAGAGAGCUGGGACCAAAGUAACAAAGCCUACCAUCAGUAACACACUACGCCACCAGGGACUCAAAUCCUGCAGUGCCAGAUGUGUCCCCCUGCUUAAGCCAGUACAUGUCCAGGCCCGUCUGAAGUUUGCUAGAGUGCAUUUGGAUGAUCCAGAAGAGGAUUGGGAGAAUGUCAUAUGGUCAGAUGAAACCAAAAUAGAACUUUUUGGUCAAAACUCAACUCGUCGUGUUUGGAGGACAAAGAAUGCUGAGUUGCAUCCAAAGAACACCAUACCUACUGUGAAGCAUGGGGGUGGAAACAUCAUGCUUUGGGGCUGUUUUUCUGCAAAGGGACCAGGACGACUGAUCCGUGUAAAGCAAAGAAUAAAUGGGGCCAUGUAUCAUAAGAUUUUGAGUGAAAACCUCCUUCCAUCAGCAAGGGCAUUGAAGAUGAAACGUGGCUGGGUCUUUCAGCAUGACAAUGAUCCCAAACACACCGCCCGGGCAACGAAGGAGUGGCUUCGUAAGAAGCAUUUCAAGGUCCUGGAGUGGCCUAGCCAGUCUCCAGAUCUCAACCCCAUAGAAAAUCUUUGUAGGGAGUUGAAAGUCUGUGUUGCCCAGCGACAGCCCCAAAACAUCACUGCUCUAGAGGAGAUCUGCAUGGAGGAAUGGGCCAAAAUACCAGCAACAGUGUGUGAAAACCUUGUGAAGACUUACAGAAAACGUUUGACCUGUGUCAUUGCCAACAAAGGGUAUAUAACAAAGUAUUGAGAAACUUUUGUUAUUGACCAAAUACUUAUUUUCCACCAUAAUUUGCAAAUAAAUUCAUUAAAAAUCCUAAAAUGUGAUUUUCUGGAAUUUUUUCCCUCAUUUUGUCUGUCAUAGUUGACGUGUACCUAUGAUGAAAAUUACAGGCCUCUCUCAUCUUUUUAAGUGGGAGAACUUGCACAAUUGGUGGCUGACUAAAUACUUUUUUUCCCCACUGUAUUUCAUCACAUUCCCAGUGGGUCAGCAGUUUACAUACACUCAAUUAGUAUUUGGUAGCAUUGCCUUUAAAUUGUUUAACUUGGGUCAAAUGUUUUGGGUAGCCUUCCACAAGCUUCCCACAAUAAGUUGGGUGAAUUUUGUCCCAUUCCUCCUGACAGAGCUGGGGUAACUGAGUCAGGUUUGUAGGCCUCCUUGCUCGCACACACUUUUUCAGUUCGGCCAACAAACUUUCUAUAGGAUUGAGGUCAGGGCUUUGUGAUGGCCAUUCCAAUACCUUGACUUUGUUGUCCUUAAGCCAUUUUGCCACAACUUUGGAAGUAUGCUUUGGGUCAUUGUCCAUUGGGAAGACCCAUUUGCGACGAAGCUUUAACUUCCUGACUGAUGUCUUGAGAUGUUGCUUCAAUAUAUCCACAUAAUUUUCCUUCCUCAUGAUGCCAUCUAUUUUGUGAAGUGCACCAGUCCCUCCUGCAGCAAAGCACCCCCAUAGCAUGAUGCUGCCACCCCCGUGCUUCACGGUUGGGAUGGUGUUCUUCAGCUUGCAAGCAACCCCCUUUUUCCUCCAAACAUAACGAUGGUCAUUAUGGCCAAACAGCUAUAUUUUUGUUUAAUCAGACCAGAGGACAUUUCUCCAGAAAGUACGAUCUUUGUCCCCAUGUGCAGUUGCAAACCGUAGUCUGGCUUUUUUAUGGUGGUUUUGGAGCAGUGGCUUCUUCCUUGCUGAGCAGCCUUUCAGGUUAUGUCAAUAUAGGACUCGUUUUACUGUGGAUAUAUAUACUUUUUUUCACCUGUUUCCACCAGCAUCUUCACAAGGUCCUUUGCUGUUGUUCUGGGAUUGAUUUGCACUUUUCGCACCAAAGUACGUUAAUCUCUAGGAGACAGAACGCGUCUACUUCCUGAGUGGUAUGACGGCUGCGUGGUCCCAUGGUGUUUAUACUUGCGUACUAUUGUUUGUACAAAUGAACGUGGUACCUUCAGGUGUUUGUAAAUUGUUCCCAAGGAUGAACCAGACUUGUGGAGGUCUACAAUUUAUUUUCUGAGGUCUUGGCUGAUUUCUUUUGAUUUUCCCAUUAUGUCAAGCAAAGAGGCACUGAGUUUGAAGGUAGGCCUUGAAAUACAUCCACAGGUGUUGACUCAAAUGAUGUCAAUUAGCCUAUCAGAAGCUUCUAAAGCCAUGCCAUCAUUUUCUGGAAUUUUCCAAGCUGUUUAAAGACACAGUCAACUUGGUGUAUGUAAACUUCUGACCCACUGGAAUUGUGAUACAGUGAAUUAUAAGUAAAAUAAUCUGUCUGUAAACAAUUGUUGGAAAAAUGACUUGUGUCACAAAGUAGAUGUCCUAACCGACUUGCCAAAACUAUAGUUUGUUUUCAAUAAAUUUGUGGAGUGGUUGAAAAACGAGUUUUAAUGACUCUAACCUAAACUUCAACUGUAUAUAGAGAUUUUUUUGUAUAAAUAGAUAUUUCUGCCGAGACAUGCUUUUAAAGGGAUAGUGCACGAUUUUCACAAUGAAGCCCAUUUCCUACUUACCCAGAGUGAAAAUAACUAAUGGAUACCAUUUUUAUGUCUCUGUGUGCAGUUUGAAGGAAGUUGCUAACUGGCGUUAGCGCAAUGACUGAAAGCAAUGGCUCGCAAAACUACUUCUCCCACUACUUUUGCCACCAUUGCUGAAAAGAAUCCUAGGGGAAACACUGCACAUACUGAUGUAUCAAAGAUUGUAUAUGUCGGGUUACAAAGGGAGCUUACUAUGUUUUCCUCUAAUUCCAGGGACCCCGUGAAGUGAAGGACUUCAUCAAGUACUUGAAGAGAGAAGCCUCGCACAUCCCCGUUGUCAGUGGCGUGAGAGAAGACCUGUGAACAGAAGUUAGGCGAUGGCAGGGGUGUAUGAUGGGAAAUGUAGCCUGAGACCCCUGGAAUUGCGGUUGUGGAUACUCUGUUCUUGAAGAGUCACAACUUCUGAUGAGAUUAUUUAUUUCUGAUGAAAUAACACUCCAAAAACUCUACCUACAAAGUUUAUUUCCUUGAAACAACAGAUUUGAAAGAAAUCCAAGUUUCACGAUUGACUCUCCAGGAACAGAGCCCCAUGUAAUUGGUCAGGAGGAGGAGUAGGAUUUCUAUAGAACGUUGUUUCCCAAAUUUGGUCCUGGGGAUCCCAAGGGGUGCAUGUUUUG